GCCGCUAGGCCAGGAUCGAACCGCCGUUGGGUUGGUUCUUCGGUGCGGUGGCUCUGUCUGACUGGCGACGACCCGUCCGUCCGUCAUUCCCGGUUUGAAAGCAAGGUUGCGGAGAGACUCGGGGAGACGACGUUGUUACGACGCAGCGUAGCGCGGUGCAGUGAUAACUUAGUGCGGUGUUGUAUACUUUUACUUGCGUUUAACUGCCGGCCAUGGAGAAACGGAUAGAGCUUGAGAAGCGGGGAAAAAACCCAGGCGAAAUAACAGAGUUUGUCCUGGACAACUGUAGGAGUACAAACAUUGUAGGUUUGACCGACGAGUUUGUAGCUCUGAACUCACUCAGCCUCAUUAAUGUGGGUCUCACAAGUCUGAAGGGAUUUCCUAAGUUACCAAAUCUGAAGAAGUUGGAGCUGAGUGACAACAGAAUCUCUGGAGGUUUGUCCCUUCUAAGUACCAGCCCUAAAUUGACUCACCUCAACCUCAGUGGAAACAAAAUCAAAGACCUUGACACGCUGCAGCCUUUGAAAGAGUUCAAAAACCUGAAGAGUCUGGACCUAUUCAACAAUGAGGCAACAUGCAUGGACAAUUACAGGGAAAAGGUUUUCAGCCUUAUCCCCAGCUUACAAUAUCUCGAUGGAUUCGAUGUUAAUGAUCGCGAGGUCGAUGACAGUGAAGGUGAAGAUGACGAGGUGAAUGGAAAUGAUGACUGCGACGGUGACGCCAAUGAAGAUGACAGCGACGAAGUUUCGGACGAGGAUGACGACGACGACUUAGAUGAGGAAGUUGUUGCUUUGGAUAGCGUAUACAAAGAUUACGUGGAUGAUGAUAGUGACGAGGAGGAUUAUAUUGGAGGGGAGGAGGAAGAGGAUGCUGAGGAAAACGACGAUGACCUUGACGAGGAGGAUGGUCAAGAAGAGGACGAAGGUAGGAUACCUUUCGCAGCAUCACCAGCCCGAGGCAAGAAAAGAAAACACGAGGACGGCGGCGAGGUGGGGAACUAGAACUCUCUACCCCCCGGAAUAAUUGAAACCGUGGAAAAAGAGACGCCGUGUAAAAUUCUUAUAAAUAAAUAUCAAUAACUACGCCGCCGAGUGAAUAGCUGGAAAUCAAACCAAUCGACCGACCAAUGACAGACUACAUGUAGUGGUGUGAAUUUAUCAUUGAAUCAUUGACUUGAGGAAGGGACUGGGAGGGGGGGAAGAGGGGGGGGUUAUUCGUCCGCGCAACUACAAAUGUAUAGGGUUUAAUGCGUAAGCGAGAAUUUGAUAAGAUUAAGGAUAACUAUAUACGAAUAUGAAUUGAAUAUGGAUAUGGGUAUUUGUACGCAAAAGAGUAAAGGAAGGAGGGGAAAGUAAGGAAGAAAAAUGAAGAGAAAAAAAAAAAGAAAUAUGAAGCAGGCAUACAUAGGGCUGCAUUCCAGCUAGACCCAACACGUUUUAGUUAUACUAACGAUAUUUUAUAUAGAGUAUAUAAUUAGAGAAUUAGAAGUGUUGCUUAGUAUGGAGGAAUGGUAAGUGAAAUCAAGAGUAUUAUCGGAUUGUCUGAGGGAUGUGGUAGAGAGCGGUGUAUUACACUCGGAGGGGAGCGUAUUUGUCUGUUAGCUCCGGUCGGCCAAAGCUGGUCAUGCUGGUAUGCAGCCAUCGUUAAUCAGUACUAAGGUUACGUAAGUUACAUUUUAAAUACAUCAUCAUCAUUAUUAUUAUUAUUAUUAUUAUUAUUAUUAUUAUUAUUAGUUGAUAAAUCUAGAAAAAACGAGGAUCAAUAAAUUUUGUACAGGUUUAUAAAACUGAUGUUUCAGGUGAUUCAUGCCAAUGUGAGAGAUGGUUUCAGAGACAGAAAAUAGAAAAAUUCAGCAAAAAUUUGUACUUUUUUCAUAUCCAAUUGAAAGUCUGUGGGAAAGCAUACUAGUAAACAAUCUAAUGAAACAAUUGUAAUCAAAUCGAAAUCGCUACAGCUAUAAUUCCAUAGAGUAUGAAGUUCUUCGUUGCUUCUGAAAAUUUAUUUAUGUUGCUAUCUGCUCCGCUUACGAUAUACAACAAAUACCAAUCCAAACCCUCUAUAGAUUUUUGAGGAUAGAUUUUCAGUCCAACACCAUUAACGUGCAGUUCUGAGUAUUCAUUACAGUGUGUUCCUGACCUCUCUGAACGUGGCUUCGUGCGACACUGUUAUUCAUGGUACCUAGACUCACUUUACCACAUAAGAUUCGAUCGGACCACGGUCACUCUAGUAAGGCGCCUCAAUUUUAGAGCAUAAAAGAAACACGUUAAUAAAUUAGAGUAGAUACUGGUCGGAUGCAGGUCAGGUUCUGAGAUUAUAUUGUACAGUAGUCUUGAAGAUGCAUGUCUUGUAUCAUCUUCCAUUACAGUUUCGAAUUUCUCCUCUUCGCUUUAUUCGCAGAAUGCAACCGCUAGUUUCGUGUGUCUCUUGGAGACCAGGAAAAUUACAUCUCAUCCCUCUCACACUUUCUUUCUCUAUAGACGAUAGUUCCUUUUGGAGGAUUUCGGAAGCGUUGUCUUCCGCGGACUUGAGGAGAAUAGCUGGUCAAGUACCGGAACAUGUGUUAUUGGAUAAGCUUGUAGAUUGAGAGGAUUGACCAAUCAAGACUUUAACAUUCUAUCAAGGUAGAUCCUUGCAGUGGAAAUGGGAGAGGCAGGGAAAGAUGUUUGAAUCGGACAAUGAUUCAAUAGUUCUGCUCGUGUGUCAAGAUGGCACCGAGUUCAGGAGAUUACCAAAUCGAGAUUAUUUUGCAUAAUCUCAAUUUGAAAAUCAUGAUUCUUUUGCCGUUACAUCGAACAAGCAAUUGAAGAGAACAUUGAUCCUCCUGCUUUGCGACUCAUAGAAGAUGUUACUUACAUUUAUGCUCGCAGUUAUAGUGAUUGAAAGAAAAUCAGAAAAUGAGGACAAAUGGAAAGAUAUCUGAAGACGUGAAAACGUAACGAAUGUUCGCAUAUACGUUGCGAGAUAGAGAUCAUGUGAAUGUGUCGAUGAACACUCCUUUCAUUUCUGUCUCUAAAAUAAUCAGGCGUUUAUUUGUCGUCUCGCAAGGCAUAAUGGCGUGAAUACAAUGAAUAAUGAUCAUUAUUAUUGUUAUCAUUAUUAUUAUCAUUAUUAUUAUUAUUAUUAUUCUCAUUGCUAUUAUUAUUGUCAUUAUCAUUAUUACUAGAUUACGAUCGUAUUACGAUGAAGAAGCAGCCAAUGUUUGCAUCUGUGCUUAUUCGUACAGUGUGCAAUACAUCUGUGUAUGGAUGUGUGUGAAUGUGUGAGUGUGUAUGGAUAUACACAUAUGAAUAUAUUAUACCAGCAUACUUGAAAAUGCGCGUUUAGAGUAUAGAACGAAAAAAAGGACAAGAUAGCAAGGGACAGGGUGAAUGGGUUGUGUGAGAGAGAGAGAGAGAGAGAGAGAGAGAGAAAUAUCGGUGAGGUAUUAAAACGAUUAUUUAACAUGGAGUUAAUACGUUUCAGGUAGAAGAGCUUUGUGCCUGAUGAGUGUAAGAUGAGUGCAUAGAUGGUGAGGAUGUACGAUGAACGCAUGACGCAGCUAUCGACGAGACUGUAGUAACAUAAUUCGUAGACCGACUGGCUCGACCACAUGUCUCGUAAAUACGUGCUAGUGCAGAGUGUAAAGGAACGGAAUUGUCCAGAGUGAAAAUGCGAGUGAAUGAGAAUUGAAAUUUUAUAAAACUCAACAAGAACAAAAACAAAAUGAGAAGCAAAAUUUAAUAUAGAAAUAAAAAAAGAAGUGGAGGAAACGUUUGAGAAAAUAGGUAUAUCGUAGAUGAUGAUUCGGGGAAAUGGCGCUAAUUUGCCUGCCAGAUUGGUUAUAUUAUGGCCUUAUCCAAUUUUUCCAAGAUUGCAAAAAAAAAAAAAAUUAAAAAAAAAUUUAUAUUAGGUAUACCUACUACAGUGGAUUAUUAAACUAUACAUAUUAUGUGUACAAGUAUGUCAAAAAUGCGCGUGUGUGUGCGAGAGAGAGAGAAAGAGAGAGAGAGAGAGAGGAAGAGCGAGGGAGUGAGCGAGAGAGAGAAGAGAGGAAAAUUCAUAACACGAAAAAAAAAAAAAACCGAGAAACAAAGGAAAUAAUUGAAAAUCACGAUAUGAAUAUCUGUAAUUUGCAAUUGCGGCUCGCGCGGAAUUGAUCG